UUUACCUAUGGUACAAAGGGAGAUGCGAGGAUCCGGACACAGUGUUGUUGUUUUGAUGGAGGAAGAGGAAUCGCCACCAACUCACUUUUCUUGUUCUUUGUCGCUUAUUUGUCGGGAUUCCCGUAGUGUGUUGUGAAGGGUGAUGGUUCAGGAAGUGAGGAGAACUCGAUGAAAAGUGAUUUAGAGAAAAAGGAAGGAGAAAGAGAGUGCCAGAAAGAAAGAGGAAGGAAGUUGUGUUGGCGCUAGGCCUCUCCCUCUCCCUCUCCCCCUCCCCCCCACCGCCCUCGCGCCUGUACCGAAGUUCACGCCCGCCCUCGCCGCCCACCAUCGCGAUCUGAUGCGGGUGGUUGACUGCCCCCAGCCGCUGAGAAGACCGCCCCGCCCCCCCUCCCACUUCUUCGCCCCUCCUCCUCCCUCCCCCUCUCCUCCUGCUCCUCCUCCCCCGCAUCUUCGUCUUCCUUCCCCUUAUCCCCCUCCAUCGCCUGUUCUUCCUCUUCCUGCGCUUCCUUCCUCUCCUCCUCCUCUGGCCCGUUCCUCAAACAUGCGGUCCAAACACUAGCUGUGAGAGUGUGUAUUCCUGCGUGCGUUAUCGUGUUCGUGCGUGCGUGCGGGCGUUCGUGCGAGCCAGCGUCUUCCCAGAGUUCCGUGGGCGUGGGGAUCGUCAGGUGGAACGGGCGUAGCGGAGACGGAGACGGAGGCGGAGGCGGUGGGCGGCGCGUGGAGGCGGAGGAAGGCACGCGAGUGGAUCAUGCGGCGUUGGUGGCGGUCAUUGUCGUGGUCGUCGCCGUCGUUGUCGUUGUCUUCGUGAAGGAGAGACUGAUAGACAGACUGAUAGAUAAAUAUAUAAAGAGUCCGGUGGUGCGGUGCAUAUAGUUUGGUGAAUCCGUGUAGCCGAUCUCCUGUCUUCCGCCACCAGGCGCGUCUUCGGCUCGAGUCCAUCUCCAGGAGCACGCGGUGGUCGUCCUCUCCGGCGGUGGCGCGUGAGGCGAAAGGCGAGGCCCGCUAGGGACGCGAAGAUGGGCUGGCGAGUGCAGUCUUGUUGACCUUGGAUACGCCACGACCCCCACCCACCCCACCAUCCUCCCAUCACCCCCAAAAUUCCCCACCCAUCCCCACAAUUCCGGUGAUCAACGCGGCGCGUCGGGACGAACAGCGACGGAAGUGCGGUGUUGUCCAAGGGUAGAGGAAUUGCAAAGAGAGAAGCGAGUGAGUGCAGGAGAUACAGAUAAAGAGUGAGUGAGGGAAAGAGACAGAAAAGGGAAAAGGAGUGAAACAGAGAGUCGCUGUCCGUCAAAAAGAGAAAAAUAACCAGUGAGAAAUCGUAUUUGUUGUCGUUUCGUGAAGUGCUGUUUCGGGAACUCACUAGACGUAUCACAAACCCGGUGUCACAAACACACCCAAACAAACCCGGAAGACAGGAAGAGAGACGAGAGAGAGAAAAAAGAAGAAAGAACAAGUUGAGGAACAAGAGUGAACCAGAAAAAGACUAAAGAAAGAGUGAGAGACGGUGCGAGAAAGAGACAGAGAGACCCCCACCAGCAACGGAAGAGCGCCAUUAACGAGAGGGGUCUGCCUGCCUGCCUGCCUGCCCACACCAACCAGCCUGCGGCACCCCCACCCUUCGUGGCCUGUCUGCCUGGCCCCAUCUCUCCAUCUCCUCACCUCAUCGUCCGUCUUGCUGCGCCGCCGCCAUGACACUCAGCGCCGAGUACCAGUGUGCGUGUUUCAGGAAAGUGUACACAGAGUGAAAAAUUGAAAUUACGAGAAGGAAAGAGAGUGAGAGAGAAAAUAAUAAUAACUGAUAUUAUAUGAACAUUUGAUGGUGAUUAUACCUGUUCUCUCAUCAUCGCCGCCUCCUUCUCCUCCUCUUCUUCCUCUUCUGCGUAGUCUUCAUCCUAGUUCUCCUUCUCCUCUUUGUCUCAGCCGACAAGUGAUAUAAGAAAUACAAGGAGAUAGAGAGACACAGGAAAAGUGAGAAAGAGAGGAGAGGUGAAAAUAGGAAGUAAAGGAAACGAGACAGAGAGAGGAAGAGAGAGAGAGUGAGAGAGAGAUACCGGGAAGGCGGCAAAGGGAAGGAGAAAGAAGAAAAGAGAGGAAACGGAAAAAAGGCGCGAAAGGUCAGCAGAAAGGCCGAGCGGGGCGCGAGUGCAUGCCGCCGUCGCCCGUGUCGCUUGGGACGGACUCGGCAGCCGGGCGUGGAGGGGGCGGCCGUAGCGCGCCAGCCGGGAGGAGGGCAGAAGGAGACGGCAAGAGAACGCCGGGGAUUCCCCUCUCCUGACACUUAUCCCCUCUCCUCCCUUAUCCCCUUCUCUCCCCUUGUCCCCAUCCCCCUCUCCUGACCCCCACCCCCGCUCCUUAGAUUUUUUCCUGUCUCCUUGCCCCCGCCCCCCUCUCUGGACGUUACCUAUUUUAUAUCCCCCCCCCCCCACCCUUCUCCUACCACCCCCUACCGCUCCCCCCUCCCCUGCCCCCACCCGUCCGCCCCCGCCCGCGCCGACCCGCCCUCCGUCCGGCACAAUGUCGCCUAAAAUAGCAGAGAUGUCGGCUUACUCCAUCGUGGACUCGUCGAGAGUGUCCACAUUCCUCAUCUCCAUCCUGCUGAUCGUCUACGGCAGCUUCAGAUCACUGAACUUAGAACAAGAGGCCAGAGAAAGGGAGUCAGAAAAGGAGAGAAAUAAAUUACUUGGCAUCGCCACACCAGCUUCAUCUAACGAUAACACUAAUCUAUUCUCAACAGAUGUACAGACGCUGGACAUGAUGCAGGCACUGUGCUUGCCUGUAGGGGCCUCUGUGUCCCUCCUCAUCAUGUUCUUCUUCUUUGACUCCAUGCAGAUGCUCUUUGCUGUCUGUACUGCAAUUAUAGCUACAGUGGCACUAGCGUUCCUUUUGCUGCCUAUGUGUCAGUACAUCAUCAGACCGUGUUCUGAUAACAAAAAAAUAUCGUUUGGUGUUUGCGGAAGGUUUACAGGAGCAGAGAUCAUGGCCUUCUGCCUGUCUGUGUCCAUUGUUUGCAUUUGGGUCAUGACAGGUCACUGGCUUCUCAUGGAUGCAAUGGGAAUGGGGCUGUGCGUUGCCUUCAUUGCAUUUGUGCGGCUGCCUAGCCUCAAAGUGUCCACACUGCUCUUGACCGGACUUCUGGUAUAUGACGUUUUCUGGGUGUUCUUUUCCUCGUAUGUGUUCAACGCCAACGUCAUGGUGAAGGUUGCAACUCGCCCAGCGGAAAACCCAGUGGGAGUGAUGGCCCGCAAGCUCCACCUGGGCAGCGUGGGACGAGAGGCCCCCAAGCUCUCCCUGCCUGGCAAACUGGUCUUCCCGUCAAUGCACAACACCGGCCACUUCUCAAUGCUGGGCCUUGGGGACAUUGUAAUGCCAGGCCUCCUGUUGUGUUUUGUGCUCCGAUAUGAUGCCUACAAGAAGGCUCAGCUCUUAUCGGCAGAAGCAGGUGUACCGCCACCUUCUAAUUUGAAUAAAAUAAGCUACUUCCACUGCUCCCUCAUUGGCUACUUCCUGGGCCUGCUGACGGCAACAGUGUCGUCUGAAGUUUUCAAGGCUGCGCAACCGGCCCUGCUCUACCUCGUGCCCUUCACGCUGCUGCCCCUGCUCACCAUGGCUUACCUCAAGGGUGACUUGCGGAGAAUGUGGAGCGAGCCGUUCAUCAUCCAGACACAGAGCAAGAACAUGGACGUGUGACUCAGGAUGAAGCUUAGUGUGUAGUCAUAAGUGUGCGUUAUUUUGGUUGGUCAAUCGGUUUUCAUGCACUCACAAUGCAGAAGUGACAGCAGAGUGUCAUAGCUAUUUGAUCCAAGCUUCUGAGAGAUUCUGGGCUGUGCAAUCGUAUUUUUCCGUGAAAACUGAAAAAAAGGAAAAAAAGAAGAGAAAGAAGUUGUAGUUUAGUGUAUUGUGGAAAGUCAGAGUGCUCAUGUUGCACUAGACAAUAAUACUGAACUUCUAAUGAAGAUAAAGAUAUAAAACAAAAAAACAGUGAUUGUCUUUCCAGUAUAAUAGAUGUCAUAAAAUAGUAUAAUAAUGAUAAAAAAAAAAGAUUGUAGAAUAGUGUUGAUUCAAAAGGAAGUGGAAAAAAGUGAACUAAAAAAAUAUUAAAAAGAAGGAAAAUAAAUUUAAACUUCCAUGCCUUUAAACACAGUAGGAUUGUGUUUCUGUAUGUACAAUAUUUAGUAAUGUUUUCUUAAUGGUACUGUUGAGCUGAAUAGAACGAAGCCCACCAUUUUGAUGAUGAGAAAGAAGAAUAUUUUGUAAAUUAGAAAUUCUUCUUUCAGAGACAAUUGUGAUAGAGACACUGUGGCUCGACAGGUCAGGUGCAGUUAGGAUACCUUUACCAAGCAGGCACUUCCUUCUGCUUCUUGUAGGUCAUAGUUGCUUGCAUCCUGUGGAAACGCACAAUCACACGGUCCUACGGUUCUGCGGUGCGUCAGUUGGUUUCGCGAACACAUUCAUUUGUGAGUGUCUGCGAAAUCUCGUAACCACCCUACCCUUUACCCACCCCCCCCAUAUACCUUCAACCCCUCAGUCCCCACAUCUCCUCCCCCCCCUUCCUUUGUAGUGUGUAGGUGUCCAGGGUACUGUAAAUACACAGCUGUACAGAAAAGCAAAAAAAAUACAAUAACAGAGAUUAUUCAAUGUAUAAUAGAUUGUCUGCAGUCGGGCAGCUGAGAGUUUUAUUGUUUUCCACAGAUACUCAGGCAAAGUAUUGGUAUGUGAGAUUAUUAUGGUUGUGCCAUUGUGUUGGUACAUAACGCUUGUUUUGGAAACUUAAUAUGUAAGUGAAAAAAACUCUCACCACUCCGAAUACAGAGACUAAAGAAGCUAUGAGAUAGAUAAUCUGUUGACUUUGAUGAGAGAGAGACUGAUUAUUAACACACAUUUGAAAGUAGAAUGGCAGCAUGAUAUUUUUAUAUCAUAUAUAUUUUGAUUUUGUGGAAUGUCAUCAGAUCAAAUGAAAUGUAUUUAUGUACAUUGCCUCCUGAUAUUAUUCAAGCGCUGAUGUUAACCUUGUGAUUGACAAAGUUAUUGAAAUGAAGUGAAAAAAAAAAGUAUUUAGUGUUUCCAAUACAAUUGAUGUAACAUCUUGGUAUAGGUAAGACAUGGAAGCAGAAGGAACUCAUAUUCUCAUUAUCUUUUGCUUUAUUGUACCAAAUUACUUAGUGUGAGGGAUAUUGCAAAAAAACGACAACAAAAAUGAGGAAAAAAGGCAGAUGCCAUUAGGAACACUGUUUAUGAUUUUUUAUUAAGUUAGCUGGAAUACUACAUACUCAUCUCGGAAAUCAAGUGACAUGGUAAAUGAAUGUCAUACCCGGAACAAAUUCAUUUCUCGUUAGAUUGUGUACAUGGUAGGUAAUUUGUCCAUAGCUAGUUAGCCAAAUUAUAUAAUUGAUAUAGAUGCAUAAAAAGAUACUUUGAAUGACUGAAUAAAGAUAUAUGUAUCUAUGAAGAGUAUUGUAUGCUUGUUGUGAUAUUGUAUUUUGGGGAAAUUCAGUUUGUAGUGAAAGGAUGUGUUCUGGAUUAAUUUUUUUUCAGAAGGUUUCAUUCUCACUUUGAGUUUUGAGUUCAUUAGUUGGCAUGCUUGAACAAUCAGCAUGUGCUGUGACAAACCUAACUGCCAGUCAGAAUUUGUGUGUUUGUGUGGGUGUGCAUGUGUAUAUAUACACACACAUUCAUUUGUGAGUAUAAAUGUCCAUGCCUAUACAUACAUCCACACACAUACAUGUACAUAUACUUGUGCUCAUGCAGACACACUUGCAAAUGUGCUCAUAUCAAAUUAGAGUGUAUGCGUAUCUUUGUAGGUGAGUUUGCAAUAGCAUACGAGUGUGAACACAUCCAUACUAUGCUAGUCCAUCGAGAAGUCACAAUCAGUUUUGUAAUGAAUCUCACGUGUCAAGGUAUUAUAACAUUAAUGAGAUUUUGUAACAUUGUCAUUAUGUAAUACACGUCUUACUGACUCAUACCCAUUAAAAUAAAGAAUAAAAUCAUCCCUUUUUAGUCUUUUAUGUGGAAUGAAAAAAUGAAAAAAAAAUCUCUUUUAGUCUUUUACGUGGAAUAAAACAUUACUUCA